CCAGAGCCCGGAGCGCGAGCCGCCGCGCCGAGCUGCCGGGAGCCGCGGGCCGGGGCCCGGAGGAGGCCCCGGGGAGGCGUCUUCGUGGCGGGGGAGCCGGGCGCGGGCCGCCGCGUCGCGCCGUAGGGGGCGGGGGACGAGGAGGCGGCCGCGCUGCAGCCGGCGAGAGGAAGCGCUCCGCCCGCGCCCCCGACGGCGCGCGUUUAACCACAUCCGCGCCCGGCUGGAAACGCUGCCUGGCGCCUGUCACCGGUUCCCUCCAUUUUGAAAGGGAAAAAGGCUCUUCCCCUGCCCCUGCCCCUAGGAGCUGGAGCCGCGGGAGCCGCUCAUGGCGUUCAGCCCCUGGCAGAUCCUGUCCCCCGUGCAGUGGGCGAAAUGGACGUGGUCUGCGGUGCGCGGCGGGGGCGCCGGGGAGGACGAGGCCGCUGGGCCCGAGGGCGACCCCGAGGAGGAGGACUCGCAAGCCGAGACCAAAUCCUUGAGUUUCAGCUCGGAUUCUGAAGGUAAUUUUGAGACCCCUGAAGCUGAAACCCCGAUCAGAUCGCCUCUCAAGGAAUCCUGUGAUCCCUCACUAGGAUUGGCAGGACCCGGGGCCAAAACCCAAGAAUCACAAGAAGCUGAUGAACGGCUGGUAGCCGAAGUGGUUGGCAAAUGUUCGUCUGAGAAUUGUUCUAGACCUUCAGAAAAUGAGGUAUCUCAGCAGGCUGUUGGUUCUCACUUAGUCAAGGAUUUCAAAGAAGAACCCGAACACGAUAUUAGCAAAAUUUCGGUCGUGAGGCCAUUUUCAAUAGAAACCAAGAAUUCCACAGACAUCCCGGCAGCUCUGGGAACAAAAGUGGCUCAUGGCGGUGUGACUGCAGUCUCGGGCGAGGCCCUGGCCCCCCGCGCAGCGGGCACCAUCCAGGACCAGGCAAUGACAGAAGGCAGCAUGGGGGUUGCCCUCCAGGCACCCGCAGAAGCUGAUCUCAAGGCCGGAAGCCCCUGUCCAGAGCCCGUGCUCUGCAGAAGCAAACUAAGAAAGCCCAAGCCCGUCUCUCUGAGGAAGAAAACCACCGGAGGAGAGUUCUCAGACCCUGAAACUGCUUUGGAGGGCACGCCUCUCUCCAAGAUAUCCUACCAGUAUCCCAGAGAACUGGAUGGGAACACAAAUCCUUCUUUGCUAGGAGAAAUCCCAGGCUCUCUCAGUAGUGACACCAGUGAUUUGAGGGUGGAGCUGCCGGAGGAGGCAAGGAGCUCACCUCUCAAGCUUGAGUUUGAUUAUACAGAUGUGGAAAGUGCAGAGGCCAGGAAAGCCCUUCCAAGGAAACUUGGCAGGAAACUUGGUAACAAACUGACUCCCAAGAUACAAAAGGAUGGCAUCGGUAAGCCAGUAGGUGUAGAGCAGCCGGCAGACCCACCAGGAGAUGCGCCUCUCUCGCAAGCGUCUUCUAAACUAGAUCCCAGUCAGUGGGACGACCCCGGCUUUAAUCCCUUUGGGAGCCGCUCCAUCCUGCAGAACUCCCCUCCCCUCUCCUCUAAGGGCUCCUACCACUUUGACCCAGAUAACUUUGACGAAUCCAUGGAUCCCUUUAAGCCAACUACAACUCUAACAAGCAGUGACUUUUGUUCUACCACUGGUAAUCAUGUUAAUGAAAUCUUAGACUCACCCAAGAAGGCAAAGUCGCGUUUGAUAACGAGUGGCUGUAAGGUGAAGAAAUACGAAACUCAGUCUCUUGCUUUGGAUACAUGUUCUCAGGAUGAAGGAGCAGUGAUCUCCCAGAUUUCAGACAUUUCUAAUAGGGACGGCCACGCUACUGACGAGGAGAAACUGGCGUCCACGUCAUGUGGUCAGAAAUCGGCCGGGGCCGAGGUGAAAGGUGAGCCAGAGGAAGACCUGGAGUACUUUGAAUGUUCCAAUGUUCCCGUGUCUGCCAUAAGUCAUGCGUUUUCAUCCUCAGAAGCAGGCGUGGAGAGAGAGACGAGCCAGAAGACAGAAGACGACGGACCUGCCAUGCCUGGACUGCUGGAGUCCUCCGCCGAGAAGGCCCCUGUGUUGUCGUGUGGCGGGGAGAGCCCCCUGGGCGGAAUCUGCCUCAGCGAGUCAGACAAGACGGCCGUGCUCACCUUGAUCAGAGAGGAGAUCAUCACUAAAGAGAUUGAAGCAAAUGAAUGGAAGAAAAAGUACGAAGAGACCCGACAAGAAGUCUUGGAGAUGAGGAAAAUUGUGGCUGAAUAUGAAAAGACUAUUGCUCAAAUGAUUGAAGAUGAACAAAGGACAAAUAUGACCUCUCAGAAGAGCUUCCAGCAGCUGACCAUGGAGAAGGAGCAGGCUCUGGCCGACCUCAACUCUGUGGAAAGGUCCCUUUCUGAUCUCUUCAGGAGAUACGAGAACCUGAAAGGCGUUCUGGAAGGGUUCAAGAAGAAUGAAGAAGCCUUGAAAAAAUGUGCUCAGGAUUACUUGGCCAGAGUUAAACAAGAGGAACAGCGGUAUCAGGCCCUCAAAAUCCACGCCGAAGAAAAACUAGACAAAGCCAAUGAGGAGAUCGCUCAGGUGCGGACGAAAGCGAAGGCCGAGAGUGCGGCUCUCCACGCUGGACUCCGGAAGGAGCAGAUGAAGGUGGAGUCCCUGGAAAGGGCCCUUCAGCAGAAGAACCAAGAAAUCGAAGAACUGACAAAAAUCUGUGACGAGCUGAUUGCAAAGCUGGGAAAGACUGACUGAGAUUCCCCUGUUAGCUCCACAGAUCUGCAUUUGGCUGCUUCUCUCGUGACCACAAUUAUCUUGCCUUAUCCAGGAAUAAUUGUCCCUUUGCAGAGAAAAAAAAAAAAAAACCUAAAAAAAGCACAUGCCUACUGCUGCCUGUCCUGCUUUGCUGCCGGUGCAACGGCCCUGGAAGAAACCCCAGAGUGUCGCAGUCUCGAGAGGAGGGUGAACCCACAGUGCGGGGGUCUGUCUGUCCCCGUCCGCAGGUCCAGCUAGACAGGCUGCUGAGUUUGGGUUUGUGAGUUCUCUACCUUCGGUUUGUUUUAAAGUCAUCUUUACUGUUCCAAAUAUGUUAAAUUUAUGGUUUUGUGGCUACUGUUUGGGAUCAUCUUUCUCUACCACCUGUCUGAUUAUUUUGUGACCUAUUUAUUUAAUCUUUUAAUUUUCAAUAUCAGUGGUUUUAUUUAAGGAGAUAAUUUGGCCUAUGUUUACUUCCAGUUUAUAAACAAGAAGGGGCUCUGGUUACCCUUUUCUGUACACACUCACACAGACGUAUGUAUUUGUAUUUGCUGCUGCUUUUUCCCCUGAAGCAUAGUCAAAUAAGAACUUCCUACCGAAGACCAUAUUUCCUUGAAUUCUGAGCCAGAACUAAAUAGAGUCCCGGCUCAGAAUGCCAGCUUAAGACUUUGGGGGAUUGAGGAUGUGAAGAUUGCAGACUCAGGCUUUCCCAUCUGGGGAGGACUGUGCCAGGACAUUUUGUUGCUCCGGUAUUGGGACACUGCCCGGCUUUGAUGGGCACGGCCCUUUGGGCAUAGUCCCCAGACCGGGAGUCGUGGCGUCUCCUCUCUGGGUGAACAGCUCUGUGGGGCUCCUUCCACGCUGGGGGUUGGUGAAUCUGCCCUACCGUCAUUUAGUCUCCUCUGCUUCCACUUGUUGAUACAAAAUCAACAUUUAAUCUUUGUUAUCUUUCUGUUUUAAAUAGGCAAAGAAAAUCUACUUGUAAAAGGUUUAGAUUUGUGUAAUGAAAAGGUAACUGUAGCCCCAUUGCCAAUUAUAAGGUGAAGGAACAGUUGUUUUUUUAAUAAGUGUGAUGCAUUAUUCUUCAGGUGAUUAAAAAAAUAAAGCAAAAAAUCCUUUCCAACUUAAGAUAGAACUUUUAACAAAACAGGCAGUAAAAAAAUAAUGCGAACCACAGCCCAUUUUGAGUAUUUUUAAACAAAACACAAUUUGAAUGCGGGGAGGGGCAUGCAGGGAGAAGGCCUUUACUAACAAAACCAAAUUCCUCCAGCUCUUACUGGACUCAGUUCAGAGUGGUGGGACAUUAACCCCAAAAUGAAAAUUGUCCAUGUAAUGCCAGUGAAUUCCCUUCCAUCUGAUAGGCAAAACCAAAUCCAUGCAAGUGUUCUAAAGCACUCUUUUGUCUUAAUCUUACACCCUGAAAGUCUUCCUGGUGGUAUGCACUAUAUUCAGUACACGUACGUUUUCCUAUUCUUCUUGUAAAACUGUUGCAUGAUCCAACUUCCGCAAUGAAUUGUGCCUAGUGGAGAACCUCUAUAGAUCUUAAAAAAUGAGUUUUUCUUUAGCAAUGUAUUAUUCACAUGGGUGCAAUCUUUAGCCCCAGGGAGGUCAAUAAUGUCUUUUAAAGCCAGAAGUCACGUUUUACCAAUAUGCAUUUAUAAUUGGUGCUUAGGCUGUAUUUUAAAGCCUAUUGUCUUAACAUUUUGUACAAAAAAGAACAACAGAAAUUAUCUGUGGUUUGAGAAGUGGCUUGACAAUCAUUUGGGCUUUGAAAGCAGUCACUGUGGUUUAAUAUGAAUGCUGUGCUAAUAGUCAUAGUAUCAAAUACAAGUGUCUCCUGCCGGCGUAACUGAUUUCUAAGUCCUCUACUACUAAGGAAAUUGAUCUUACGUUUUGCAGAAAGAAACCUUGAUUGCUAAACCUUUUUGCUGCUGUGUUUUGGUGACAUAUCCAUGUUUACUUGUUUUAUACUGAUCUGCUUUAAGUAUGAAAGGCAUGUAGUGGUCUCCACUAUAAAUCCUUAGUCCUCUUUUUAAGCUUACUGUGUAUAAAGAAAGUAGCCACGUGUUAAAACAGAGUAAUGACAAUCCUUCCCCAGCAUACUGCUAGAAAAGACCCCUUAAAACUCCACCCUCCUGAGUGGAGCUGCUGCACAAGGCGUACCAAGGCCCUUGCUAAGUUGUGUUUGCCACCAGCGCCUCAGCCGUGACCAUUCUAACUUAAUAAAUGGAUACUCUCCAAUACUGAUAAAAAUGCAGCUUUUACAGCUGGUAAGUUAAGAUUAUACACUGGGCAGUGUGAAACUUGUGUGUUUUUCUUAAAAAAUGAAAAAAAAAAUACUUUUUAGAACUCCGGAGAGUAAGAGCAUAAUAUAGAGUUUGCUUCAACACAUGUGACGGCCACAUAGCUUGCGAGGCAAGAAAACCCUGUUCCAAAAGGGACAUGGCAGGAAGCUGCUGGCUGGGGCAGUGAUUUGGGAAUAUUAGGUGUUUUUUCUGAGACUCUGGUCAGGAUUCAGAGCCAUCUCUCUAGCUUUUGACUUUGCCAAAGCAUAGACAGCCUUUGUCUGACAGUGCUUCAGUUGGAGAAUUUGCUGGAAGUCAGACUGCAGUCUGCCAUCGGCCUGGCUCGACCGUCAGCUCCAGUCAGAGCUCCCGAGGCUGACUUUAUUUGGAGAAGCUCCUCGAAGCCGGUGACCUACCCAAACCUUUUGUUCUGUCAGACUGUUCUGGAAAUGUUGAGAAGCCCAGUUUUCUCACGUGGCUUCUAGCUCCUUCAGACUCAGCCCGAAUUAGGAAGCCCAGAAGCACUUGCCGGUGAGAAGCCGAGGGUCUGGCAGCCUUCCCGAUGGUAUGGGACCUGGGGGGAUUUGUGUUUCGCUUCGGAGGAAAGCACACGUUGAACUUCCUCUCCAGCCAGUUCCCUUUCUGCCUGUCCCACACUCUGUGUAACUCUGCGACAUUUGUUAGACUGCUUGAAUCAGCUCUAACUACAAACAGGGAGAAUAACGGCCCCCAGCGUGCCGGGCUGACUAAAGUGGCCGGAUUGAAGCACUCGCUUUCAGUCAAGGUAACAAAGGGCUCAGCGGUGGCUCUAAAGCUCCAAAAGGAGUUUUGUAAGAGCAGGGCCUUGGUGAGUCUUGUGCACACUGAGUUGGACGUGAUUCAACGCAUGCAUUUUUAGUGCAGUGAAAGCUCUAAAGCUGCCCUUUAUUUCCUUUUGGUUUUUCAUUUGAAUUGGUAGCCAUCUCAUGAAUUGUUCAUGCCUGUUGUCUCUCUGUGGCCGUGGGGCCGCGAGCUUGCCCUCAGCCCCUGUUUCUGACCGUAUUCUCUCGGGAAAAGAGAAAACGAGGUAUUGAAAGAUUAAGUGAUUCCCGAAAAGGAUUUUAAAGUAAAGAUGUAUAUAUUCUGAAGAAUUUAAAAGAUAACAUUAUUUGCUUAUUAAAGAACAAAUAUAGUCUGGGAAUCCCAGAAUGUCAAGCCAAAGGUCUAAGAAGUCAUCUUCAAAUAUUUUAAUAAAGAAGUAUUUUGAGGAGACAUCUAUCCAAAAAAGGUUUGACUGGCCUCCAGAUUCCAGUUAGUUUUAAAAAGCAAUUGACCACUAAAUCCUUGAGUCUCCCAUAUAGUCGAGGUAAAGAAACUGAGUCUUGUCUCCAAGGCUCUCUGGAAGGAAACGCAGACGGCCGCGUUCUCCAGCGAAGACCGGCUCCCUGGUGCCAGAGCUUGCGUUCGGGAGACUAAAGAUUGCACUUUCUGUAGUUUUUCGUCCAAAUGCAAUCCCAUUUCUGUGCCUCUUAGCAUGCAGUUAGAUUUGGACAAACAAGAUUCCUAAGGAAUGACUUUAUUAACUAUAAUAUGGUUACAGCUAUUAUAUAAAUAUAUAUUCUGGUUAUAGUUCUAACGUGGAGACUGUGUGCAAUGCUGGCUGUGGCGUCUGCAUCGUGCUCUAGUGCUUUAAUGCCGCAGAGGAGGCAGGCUCAGCGCUGGGGUGUGGCCCGAACCUUCCCUGUGUUGGUCCUUCGCCUUGGAACCCUCAAGAGGCCUCUGCCUUUCAGUGGUAUCUGAAACGGACUCCAAAAAAGCAUUUCCUAAUCACAUUGUUAACCGAUAUUCUGCAUUUAUGAAAGGAUUUUCAAAUGGACAUAUGAAAAUUGUGAACCCUGAAAGUGCCCCCAGUCCAGACACAGGGCAGCGUGUAGGUCACCACGCCACAGCCUCAGCCCUUCCCAGGCGCCAGGAGAGGCUCCAAGGUUUCUUUUCCGUCUCAGAGGCGGCAGUGAACUUCUCGGUGUUGCUGUAGUGAGUGUGUGUUUGCCAAUAGGUCCCCAUCGUACCAGUGUGCCAACCGGUCACAUCCUUUGCACAUCUGCUUCCACUGUGUCCCCGCGGGUGCCACGGAGCGUGUGAGGAGCCUCUCGUCCGCAGGGACGAGCGCUGCACUGACUACUGCGAUCAGGAGUGUGUCGUGUGGAAUAAUCAUCUACAUAAAUUUUUUAUGCACAGUAAUUUCCCUUUUUAUAUGUCAAGUAAAUAUUUGUAAAAGUUAUACUCACACAAAUUAUUAUAAUGAUUACUAAUAUAUUUUUUCCAUGUUUCAUUGCCUGAAUAAAAACUGUUUACCACUGUUA